AUGCUCGACUCCGCUGUGAUGAUGGCCCGGUCCCUCCUGAAGACCGCUUUUCCUAAGACUAGUUCCAGGAAAUCCCCACCCGCAGUGGCCGGAGACGGGCUCGACCUCGACAGCGCCCCCUGGUGGGGAGCAGGAUCCUCCUCUGCGCUGGGUCCCGCGGCCACCCUGGGUCUUCCUGGGAAGCAAGCCACCUGCUUUCCCGCCACUCCGCCCGCUCCCAGGCCCUUCCACGGGUGCUGCGACUUGGUGAGCUCCGACUCAGCCCAAGCAAAAAGCGUAGGGGGAGGUGUGUCCCUCUUCAGCCAUGGCUGA